AUGGCAAAAUCUGGUCUCUUCUACUGUUUGGUCGGCGUUGCACUCCUCGUCUUGACAACUCCUAGCUACGCAGCACCUGGCCAUGUUGCUACUCCCACGGUCGACGCUACUAGUACUAAAAACAAUGUUUGCAACGGAAAAGACGACACUUGCAAAGCAACUACCAAUAAUAAAAAUUCUUUCACCAACAGCGGUGGAAAAGGCAGUAACGCGGAUCAAGAAAACUUUGACUCUGGCAGCGCGAUCAUCGGAACAGCUAAUACCGCUGUUUGGAAAGAUAUAGAUCAAAAGGUUACUCCAAGUGGUGCUGAUGAUGGAGAGGAUCCUUAA